GCUCGUGACCAACCUAACUGCCAUACCAGACUCAGUAACGGUGAUUCUUUGUGUGUAGCGGUGUCUGACAGGAUCAUUCUUCGCCUCUUAUUUUCCUUACGUACAGAGUUACGUAAUUUUGUUACCUUUUAAUAUGGUAUGGAUUCACUGGUUAAAUUCAAUGUCAAUAACGAUAGGCCAUAACAUGUUCCCACACUAGAACUGGUGUCACAAGAAGGUCUUCCUUACUGGUACAGGGGUAUCAUGUGCACCUCAUGCUGCAAUGGGAUCGUGUAUACCGACUCGUGUUGUCAAGUCAAUCCCAAUACAGCACGACCAAAUGAUGACUGUUGCCGGCUGGUAACGGGGGAAAAAAUUCGCAAGGCCUGCCUGUGUAAAUGUGGAAAGGAACUGUUGAACGAACCGUAUAAAAGAGAUGACUCCCAUACCGGCAACCAUUCUCACACGUGAACUCAAGAAGUCAUAUGCUUCUUGGGUGUCCCAGAGAUUCCCAUCGUUUGAAUUUCACUACUGCGAUGAGUAAGGUCUUAAUUCUCCUAGCAUUGGCAGCUAUUGUCGUGGCUCGCCCAGAACCUCCCGUGGGUAAUCAAUACCUUCCUCCGUCUGGUGGUGGCUAUCACGGUGCACAGGGGGCCGGUGGUACACCAUCUAACACUUACGGAACGCCCAGUUCCUUCGGAGGCGCAGGCGGCACACCGUCCGGCACUUACGGAGCUCCGCGAGGCGGUUCCGGCCGUAAUGGAGGAGGCGGUAGCCCGUCGAGUACGUAUGGAGCUCCGGGAGGUUCUACGAAUGGAUUUGGAGGUAAUCAAAAUGGGUUCGGUCGUGGCAGCGGUGGUGCUCCUUCCAGCACAUACGGGGCUCCUGGCGGAGGCCAAAACGGCUUCGGUAGCAACGGAUUUGGUGGAAGCGUAGGAGGUUCACCUUCCGCCAUUUAUGGAGCUCCAAGUGGAUCUCAAAGUGGAUCUGGACGCAAUGGCGGAGGCAGGACACCUUCAAGUACUUACGGUGCUCCUGGUGGCGGACAGAACAGUUUUGGUGGCGGAUCACGUGGAGGUGGAUCUCAAACUGGAUUCGGGCGUAACGGAGGAGCUAGAACACCUUCCAGUAGUUACGGAGCUCCAGGCGGAAAUCAAAAUGGUUUCGGACGUGGAUCUCAUGGAGGUGGUGCUCUGUCCAGUACUUACGGAGCUCCAGGUGGAGCUCAGAAUGGAUUCGGUCGUAACGGAGGGGGUAGGUCACCUUCCGACACUUAUGGAGCUCCUGGCGGCGGUCAGAGUGGAUUUGAUGGAGGUCUUGGUGGUGGUCAGAGUAGUUUCGGCAGAUCUCCUUCAAGUACUUAUGGAGCUCCUGGUGGCGGUCAGGGCGGUUUUGGUGGAUCUCCUUCAAGCACUUACGGAGCUCCUGGCGGUGGACAGAGGGGUUUCGGUGGAGCUCCUGGUGGCGGUCAGGGCGGUUUUGGUGGAUCUCCUUCAAGUACUUAUGGAGCUCCUGGCGGUGGACAGAGAGGUUUCAGUGGAGCUCCUGGUGGCGGUCAGAGCGGUUUUGGUGGAUCUCCUUCAAGCACUUACGGAGCUCCUGGCAGCGGACAGAGUGGUUUCGGUAGAGCUUCUGCUGGCGGUCAAAGCGGUUUCGGUGGAUCUCCUUCUACUUCUUACGGAGCUCCCGGCGGUGGACAGAGAGGUUUCGGACAGAAUGGCGGUGGAGCGCCUUCCAGCUCUUAUGGAGCGCCUGGUGGUAGCCAAAGUGGUGCCCAUGGUGGAAGUGGAGCACCUUCAGAUACAUAUGGUGCGCCAAAUGGUGGAAGCGGUGGCUUCGGGCUUGGAAACAAUGCUGGAUCCGGCUCGGGCAGUGGAUAUGGAAGUGGCACUGCCGAAGAUGGAUCUUCUGAACCAGCCCGUUACGAAUUCAGCUAUGAUGUGAAUGAUGCGGAAACCGGGGCAGAAUUCGGUCACCAAGAGACCCGAGACGGGGACAACGCUCAAGGUGCUUACAACGUUCUACUUCCCGAUGGUCGUAAGCAGAUAGUAGAAUACGAAGCCAACCAGGCAGGCUACAAACCAGAAAUCCGAUACGAAGGUGGUGCUGAUGGAGCUGGAGGAAGUGGACAUUCCUCUGGAGCUGGUGGUGCUGGAGGUGGUUACCCAUCAAGCGGAGCAGGUGGUGCUGCAGGAUAUCCAUCGGGGGGAACUGGUGGUAAUGGAGGAUAUCCUUCAGGAGGAUCUGGUGGUGCCGGAAAUGGAUAUCCUUCAGGAGGUCCUGGUGGUCCCGGAAGUGGAUAUCCUUCAGGAGGUCCUGGAGGUGCCGGCAGUGGAUACCCUUCAGGAGGACCUGGUGGAGCCGGCAGUGGAUAUCCUUCAGGAGGUCCUGGUGGUGCCGGAAGGGGAUAUUCUUCAGGAGGAUCUGGUAGUGCCGGCAGUGGAUAUCCUUCAGGAGGUCCUGGUGGAGUCGGAGGUGGAUACCCUUCUGGAGGACCCGGAAGCUCCGGAAAUGGAUAUUCUUCUGGAGGACACGGUGGGGCUGGUGGCGGGUAUCCAAGCGGUGGAAGCGAAUCAGGUCAUCCCGGAUAUGCAUCAUUUGUUCCCUUUCUUGCUGCCUUCAUCAGUGUCUCUCUCGCCCAGGAUUACUUGCCGCCUUCGCAAGGAGGCGAGAGAGGAGGGUCUCGGGGUGGCAGAUACGGACCGCCUUCAAAUGAUGGUCCUUCUGAACCAGCUAAUUAUGAGUUCUCAUACGAAGUCCACGACACACCCUCAGGUAAUGACUUCGGCCACAAGGAAAGUCGUCAAGGUGAUGUCGCCACAGGUAGAUACCAUGUUAUGCUGCCAGAUGGCCGGAUGCAGAUCGUCGACUACACGGCCGAUAACGAUGGGUAUAAACCUAAUAUCAAGUACGAGGGUAUUGCCAGCGGUUCUGGGGGUUACAACUACCCUGCUGCUGGCGGAUAUAACUACUGAACCGGAAACUACACAUUACACAGGACGGAAGAGUGCGAAC